GGGGCAAAGAUAUUUAUCAGGGACGUAAAAUGUACAUCAAAGUAAUAUGGAAACUGGCGUGGAUCAACAUUUUACUCAUAUGGACAUUGACUGAAACUUACCCUAGUUUAUCAUGAGUUCACCUUGUUUUACUUUCAGAUCCGAAUCCAUGCUUGUGAUUGCACACAACCUAACUUCAUAAGUAGGUUUAAUGAUAUGAUAAAGUAUCAUAACUACGUUGUGAAGAAUCAUAUAAGCGCUGCCAACAGGGGGCACAUUAAACCAAACAAACCAGUAUCCGCUAGUACCAAAUUGGGCCAAAUUAAACCAGAGAAAAGCGACCUUCAACUCCAACGAGAUUCCCCAAGCCUGGAUGGCACGCCUGCUUCAUUGGAACAUUUCAGUCCGGUCAACCAAUUUAGCACCACAAAGAGUGGGUCUAGUACACGCAACCUGUAUGUUGAUAAAGGUGCCCAAUCAAUGAACAAUCCUUCAAAAAAUAAAGGAGUCCAAAUACAUGGCGGUGAAAAGACAUCCGUCCAAGAUACUCUUCCCAACAUUCCAAAUUUGCUUUCGGAUGAUGUGGGCAAAGGUGCACAGGGCUUUCGCGAAUCCCCAGAAAAAGCCACACAGGAUGAAUUCACAGCUGAAAAUUACGACACCCAUACACGAGUCCCUCAGAAAGACCGGAACCAAAACACAUUUGAAGACGAUGCCACUCUUAACAAUCAACACGACUCAAAGAUACCGAACAGCACGCCUAAAUACAAUUCAGAAGUCUCUCUCAUCCAAAAUGGUGACAUUACAAUUGUAAUUGUAGGAGCUGUGUCUGUCUCCGUUCUCAUUCUAAUAAUAAUAGUGUCUGUAGUGCUGGUGUUAUUGCGCAGAAAAAGGAAGACCCCGAAGGAAAACAGUAUAGAGCUUGAUAUCUUCGAGGGUGUUCCUGAUAGGUCCUAUCCCAAUACGUUACCAGUAGAACUAAAAGUAUCUGAUGACAGUACAGAAAUCGAUAGAAACAUAAGUCAUGCAUAAUAUUACUUAAUCUUCAAAUUAUAUUUAUUUAUAUCAUAUUUAUAACUCGAGUGGGUAGGCACUUUCAUAAAUUGAAACCGAAACGCUCUUAUAGAAAUUUAAAAGCAGUACAAAAUAUUUUAAAAUAAUCAAGGCCCAUAUUGAAAGCAAUUUCAUACCAG